UUCGACCUUUCACAUUUAUACUUUCUCUCUCUAUAUAUUUUCUUUCUUCUUUCUCUCUCUAGAAUGCCUCAAGUUGAUUUGGAAACUCUAGUUUCGGCCUGUGCCGGCGGCGGAAGUGACCGGAAAGUUGCAUGUGAGACUUUGGCUGACAGCGACGACGGCGAAAAACGUGUGAAAGACGAUGAGAAGCAAUCGGAACAUCCGCCUGAUUUUCCGCCGGAAUCGUUCUGGCUUUCGAAAGAUGCUGAGUUCGAUUGGUUCGAUCGGAACGCCUUUUUGGACCGUAAACAGUCUACGAAAGGUAUCGGUCCAGGUUCAAAUUCGAGUUCGCAGAGAUUUUCGUCGACUUUGAAAAGUAAGGCUUCGAUUAUUGGAUUUCCGAAGACUAGUUACGUCGAUUCGAAACGGAGAACAUGUAAACCGGCGAACAUUAGGCUUUUUCCGGCGAAAAGGUCUGAAUCCACGAUGAAAUCGGCUUCGGUUACGGAACCGUCGUCACCGAAGGUAUCUUGUAUGGGAAGAGUGAGAUCGAAACGUAGAUCACGAAGCCGACGAUCAUCGGAGAAAUCAAAAAAAUGUGAAAAAAAUUCACUCGAGAGAUCACGAAGCAACAAUGGAGAGAAACGCAAAUCCGGAUUCUGUUCACGAUUACUAUCAAUAUUCCGAUCUAAUCGGAGUAAAAAAAAGCCGGCAAGUUCCAGUACUGAUAAAACGCUAGGUUCAAAGUCGACGACGGAGCCGAUAAAACCGCUGAGAAAGAGCAAAAGUGUGAGUGUAGGGAAAACUCGCGGAGGAGCUCCGGUUAGUGUUGAACCGGUUUUUUCUGAACCGGCUGGUUUAGGAGGGAUGAAACGGUUCUCUUCCGGCCGGCGAUCGGAAUCAUGGGGAGGCGAUGAAAUCAACGCAGUUGUUUAAGUGGGUCCCAAUGAAAG